CUUAAAAUGCUAUAAAUAGAAGACCUACUUUUUUCUUACGACUGAAACCUGCUUGACAGCUCUUGCAGCGUGACCUAAAAGCUGUGUCCUCAACGUCCUUGUGAAAUUAAUGUGAACUUUUUGUCGACCCCACACAAAGUUGUUUCCCAAACCCUAACUGCUCAAAAGAUUUUUAGCAAAAACUCCACGCUGUCAGCAGAUUAUUAGUGUUGAGCUCAGCAGUGCGUUUGCCUGACCAACAUGUACAGUACAGGAAUGGUAACAUGUAAAACAGGGCAUUCCUUACUUCCUUGUACUAUCUAGAUCCUCUUCUGACACAACAUAUAUAACAGACGCUCCAGAUUCCUUCAUGAAACUGCGCUUUCUAACACCUCUGAUGCUUUCGUUUUUUUUUACAUUUGCUGGAUUAAUCCUUCUAUUUUUUGCUGGUGAAAACAUGUUAAACACAGACUUUUCUGGAUUUCUGUUUUUAUUUUUUACCUGUUGCUCCUGUUUUGUGAAAACCAUGCCAACUACACUCAACAGGGAGACCCCAAAUGACAGACCUAUAAUUGGUAUUUUGACUCAGCAGGUUUCAGAUGAAUCCAUGAAACCGUACGGCAGGACCUACAUACCUGCAUCAUAUGUGAAGUAUAUUGAGUCUGCUGGCAGCAGAGUCAUGCCUAUCAGACUAACUCUUUCCACUGCUGAUUAUGAAAAUAUCUUCAGGAAGAUAAAUGGGCUGCUGUUCAUCGGGGGAGCUGUAGACUUGGAGAAAUCAGACUACGCUCGAGUGGCAAAGAUUUUUUACAAGCUUGCUCUGACGGCAAACAAUGCUGGGGACGUCUUUCCUAUCUGGGGUACAUGUAUGGGCCUGCAGCUACUGACCGUUCUGGUGGCUGGUGAAAAUCUGCUGACAAACACCUUGGCUGAAAACGUCGCACUGCCUCUGAACCUCACUACAGAUGCCUAUUCUAGCAGGAUGUUUGAGGAUUUCCCUCAUGAACUUAUGAGGGCUGUGACCCAGGAGCCUCUGACUGGCAAUUUUCACCACUACGGAGUCACAGUAAAGAAUUUUGAGGAAAAUGAGAAGCUGCAGAGUUUUUUCUCUAUCCUGUCUUCAAACAUCGCCGUGAAUGGAGCUCACUUUGUCUCAACCAUUGAAGGUAAGAAAUAUCCCUUUUAUGGAGUCCAGUGGCAUCCAGAGGUGAAUCGUUUUCAGUGGAACAGUGAAAUGAACUUUCCUCACUCGCUUCAUGCUGUUCAGCUUUCCUCUCAGCUUGCAGAGUUUUUUGUAAAUGAAGGAAGGAGAAGUUUACAUCGCUUUGACAACCCUGAGGAAGAGGCCGCCUCCUUGAUUUACAACUACACGCCUAUGUUUGCGGGAAAUUUCACAGGCUAUGAGCAGAUCUAUUUCUUCUGAGAUCAUCCUGUGUGUCACUGUCUGCGUCUGCGAAAGAACAAUUACAGAGUCUGCUGCUUUUUAGUCACAAAAUCUAUUGACCAUGUGUUUUUACAGAGUAUGUUUUUUUUUUUUUUUUAAAUUGUUGUUUUGGAUUUUGUACAAUACAAACAUAAGGGACAUUUG